CUGGAAACCUUUGUGUUUGUCGUCCAGCAGCAGGUAGAUGGAGGACUCAAUGAGAAUGAGAUCAGUCAACAGAUCAGCUCUGAGGACGGAAGACAGAAUCCACCUCAAACAGACACUUUGAGAGCCGAAGCUUCAACUGACAGCCAACAAAACUGCAAUCUGUGCUUCCCUGACAUCCAUGCAGCACUGAGAGAACUGACCGCCACUGUUACAGAGCAGAAAGCGAUCAACAGAGAACUGACUGCAAUGGUUACAGAGCAGAAAGCAAUCAACCAAGCUUUAGAGAUGCGAUUGACGAAUGCUGAGCAGGCUGUAGAACAACAGACAUUUAUCCUGAAAGAGCUGAAGAAGAAAAAUGAUGAUAGAGAGAUUGCUUUUUCAGCUUCAGUGAUGCAAUCUGGCAGUGGAUUUAUUGGUCCUUUCACCAAUGAAAUCACAUUAACCUACAGGAAUGUCUUCACAAACAUAGGCAAUGCCUACAACCCAAUUACAGGUAUUUUCACAGCCCCACUAAAAGGAGUGUACAUGUUCGGAAUCUCUGUAUAUGGUCGUCCCGGAAAUGCAGCAACUGCAGCUAUUAUUAAGAAUGGAAAGCAGGCAGUUGUAGCAGAUGCUAAUCAGCCUCAGAAUGUGUUCAGCUCCUCGAACGGAGUUGUGUUGCUCCUGGAGGUUGGAGAUGUCGUCUAUGUGAGACUUUGGUCUGACAGGAGGAUAUUUGAUGACCAUAAUAACCUCAACACUUUCAGUGGUUACAUACUGUUUCCCUUAUGAAUGUGAUUUAAGGAUGAAGAAUCAUUGACAUAUGAGUCUACAUUAAUGAGGAAUAAUGUGUGUUUGAAUUUUGCACUAGACUACUGUAUAAAAGUCAGUGUAAUACAUUAUACUCAUAAGUUCUGAGCUGUCUAUAUAUGCCUGUUUGUAUCAAGAGUUUGGAAGCUGAGA